CUCCUCGUCUUCUACCGCUGCGGUCUGCAAGAACACACAUCUUCCUUGAGUCACUAUGUGGUCGACGAGAGAUGCUUCCGCGUCUUCUGCUCUUCGGCCAGGCGCGCGCGAGUCGCCGGAUGCAGCAGCGCCAUGUACAACGAAGAAGUUACCUGAACCCUCCACGGGCUCCUUGUCUGCGGCAUUAAACAUUGCUCGCCCCCCGCUAAUUAUACCCCAGCCAUCCAGCUAUCGAGGCCCAGGAGGUGUAUAUCUUUCCCGCCGUCGACGGCCCGCGAGAUGCAGCCGGUGUCGUAAUUGGAUCAUAUAUGGGCAACCGUCCACGCUAGCGCGGUCGAUCUGUCAUCGCACGUCAAGGAGAAGAAGCGCGAUGUCCUCUAUCGUGCGGCUAGCACGGAGUAUCGUCUCAUUGUCAGAGGGCUGGUGGCGCCCCCUCGCACUGGCUGGCCGUCAGGGAGGCGACACUAAUGAUGCGGGCUCUACUUGAGUUCUGUACGUUCGGUGAUGCAGUGCGUCUAUGGA